GCCCGUACGUUUCUUGAUCGACUAAAAAACUAUCUUUCCGCGCUACUAGGCAAAGAUCGAUUUGAGAAGCUGUGCAGUCGAUACCUCCAGCUCCUUAUAGUGAGCGAACAUCAUAAAGAAUUAUUCAUGCGCGAAAUGAAGAAGCACGAGGCACACGAGCUCACCUGGGAAAAAUGUGAAAUACUGUUCCUGAGUACUUCGCUCAAUGAGCAAGAACGCACCACUGAGAUGAAACAGAUGCUGGAGACAGGACGGAAAAGAACGGAGACCUUCCAGCAAUUCGCCAUAAGAUUUUCAAAAGAGGUAAGGGUUUAUGGCAUUAAGGAUGACAAUGAGAUGGUACUUGGUUUACUCACAUCCGCGAUAGACUCGGAGACACACAACGUAAUGGUGAGUCGUCUCUACACCCUCAAAGGAAGGAUGGUGAAGAAGUUCAUCUCCAUCAGGGACUUUGUUAAGAUUCUUAGCGAUCUAAGCGGUCCCACUUCUGCUCUCCGAGCACAAAAGGAGCAGAAGUCUCCACAGGACUCUACCACUGUAGGGCCUCUUAGAAGCAAGAAUAAUCGUAAUAACCGAUUUUCUGCUUAUAAAAAAUCCUCGAUCAAAGAAUCGACACGGUCUGCUCCUGACUCUUACCAGUGCAGUCGCUGUGGGGUGAACAACACCCAUAAAAGGAACAACGUAUUUGUAAUUGGGAUCAUUUAAUCUAUCCAAAUAAAUUAACGACAUGUGUGUCCUCAUCGUCCAUUACGUUUCGUUCCUCUUUUUU